AUGAGUGAAAAAGAUGUUAAAUCAGCAGAAGCAAGAAUAGGGUCAAUAAAAUUAACAGAGGCAAUUACACCACAGAAUAAUCCAUGGAAGACUGCAGAGAGUUUGAGAAAGGAUGAUGAUGCAUUCAAGAAGAAUAUUUCUACAUUGAAAAGCAAACCUGAUAGCAUUAAAAACAAAGAUGGUUCAUCAGACAAGCCUAAACCACAAACCAAACAGAGAAAGCAUGAUAAACUGAUAUUUGGAAUGUGUGUGGUGGAUUUUCAUCACGUGAGAGGACCGGAAAUUGAAUACUGGCUAGACGAUACCACUACUGAGGACAAUGAACAGACUAAACGGGCGAAAUUUACCAAAAUAUGGCCUCAGCUUCCAUUUCAAGCUCUUCCUGAUGGUGCCCACUUAUUCGACGAAACUUUCACAAAUUUUACCUUAACAUAUGAUGAAAGCAACGGGACAUGCCCAAACUUGCCAAUUGAAGGAGAUUCGAAAGCUGAAGAAACUGCAACCAGUGGUCUAACAACACUAUUUGGAUGUGCCUGCAUUCGGCAACUGGAUAUGGACGAAUUGAAGAAGCAGGGCAAGCGUCUAAGACAAAAACAAGGUGAAAAAGAGUUUAAAAGAUCCGUUAUUCAAAAAUCCGUGGUUCUGAUCACCAAAUACCCGAUAACAAUUCAGCUCAAGGAGAAAUUGGGAAUCAUAACGAAAAGUUACUUCGAACAGCUCGAUUUCGCCGAUAAGAGUAUCAUUAAGGCAUUAUACGACAAUGCAUCUCUUUUGUACAACCGGCACGGCUUUGAAAUUCAGGAUGAUGAGCUUUAUGAUGAAGCAGAGAUGUCAUCAAGAACAUCACGUGACGGUGAUACGAAGAUUAUUCGAGAGAGUGACUUUUACAGUGGAUUCAACUUGAAAGAUCUCGUGACACUUUUGACGCGGAAGCUUUUAGUGAUUUACAAGAGUCUACUUUUGGAGAAGAGGAUCCUUGUUUUUUGCAAAGACCUCAAUGUUCUUUCAAAUGUUCAAUACUCACUUUUAUCAUUAAUACCAAAUCUAGUGCUCAAUCUUUCUGAUUCCGGAACCCCGACUCUAGAUAACCUUUCUAAGAAUCUAAAGACACCCACAUCGUUGAAAUCUAGCGAUAGAGGAUCGAUGUUGCGGUUUGUGGGAAUGCCACUUCAGCUUUUUUCCAAAGGUGGCUUUUUCCAGCCUUACUUAACACUCCAACAGCUUGAUUAUUUGAGCAACCCGAGUACCGUGUCGUUUUUAGUGGGAUCAUCCAACGAGAUAAUUCUACAGCAUAAGAAAGAUUGGUUUGAUGUGAUAUUGUACAUCAAAACACCAACAAGCGAUUCAACUACAGGAACGGAGACAACAGUAGAAAUGAAUUCGAAGAAUGUAGCAAGCACUGCAGCUAAUGCUACAAACUUCUUCUUCAAAGAGCCAACAGUGAAGCUUGAAAUUUUGUCUAAGAGUCUGAAAGAAGCAGUGACAUUAACGUGGCAAGAUAAGCGAUUUAUCGACUAUGUUGUGAGUGAAGUGACUAGCGACAACAAGAGGAUGCUUGAGAGAUUGGGAAGGGAAGGAAAGGACAGUAAAGCAAAGAUGGAAAGUGAACCCAGUACCAUUUCUGGGGAAAAGGAUGUGUCAAGCAGCAGAUCGAAGACUCUCAACAAUAAUUUAUCCCUAGAUUCGGAAAAUUAUAAUGGUGGAGAUGAUUUUAUAAGGUACCAGUUUGAGGAUUACUUGAUAGGAAUGCUAUCUACGAUCAAGUAUGAUAACUUUCUUGAGGCUAACAGAAACAAGCAGGAGACCUUGAAGCAGUUGAACCUCAACCAAUUUGAAGAUGAGUUAAGUCAUUUCAACGUGAAGUUUAUUGCCGAGUACAAGAAAACGGUGAAUUAUUCUCUUUUCGCACGUUAUACGGAAGAUGAGCUUUUCAAUUUCUUUGAUCCGGUUCACGUUGGAACAGAAUUAUACAAACAUCAAGAGACAGAAGGAGCAGGAAAACUGCUCAAGAGCAUUUUUGAAAAGUGGGGUGGCGGAGUAGAGGAGAAAAAGAAGGUUUCUCAAAGCCCCAAAAUGGAUGAGUCUGGGAGUCAAGAUAAACAGACUACUGAGGAGAAAAGCGAAACUCCAUUUUCGGCAAACGUGAAUGGGUUCUGGAAAAGAGUUCAACACCAGAUAAAAGGUUCAGAAAAGAAAACUGACGGAAAUGAGCAGGAAAAAUGA